AUGCAGUCACAUUUACGCAAUGACGAUGUAAAAUUAGAUACAUUGAGUGAACCCAACGCUUCUUUAAUCGGGGAGAACAUCACUCUUCCAAAAGAUAGUUUUAACUCAUACCUAUGUUAUCUUCUUUACGAAAUGGCACACUAUAAAUUAACGAUGAUUCCCUUCCUAGUAAUAGUGAUAUCAACUUUAAUGAUCGUUUUUUUUCAUAAUAUCGUCCUUUGUAAUGUUGUUUUUGGUCUGUUAAUUUUUGCCUUCUUUUUUGUUUCAAUGGGUGCGCUGAUUGCCUUCAAUGAGAGUUUCUCUGAUGAGGAGUUCAAAAUUAAGCUUUUGUUGGAGGUUAUCACACGCAAGCCAGCGGUGAAGGGGAAAGAAUGGAGAAUAAUCACGUAUAAUAUGAACCAAUAUUUGUUUGAUAAUGGACUAUGGAAUACUCCGUACUAUUUUUAUUGCGAUCAAAGUUGCUAUGGCUUCUUUAGACACCUUAUCAAAGGGAAAAAUCCGGGUGCAAAUUCAAGUUCUUCCGCCAACGACGUUGAAAAUACACAGUCAGACGCACCAGCAACCGAGCCUUCGAAUGAGGUAACAAAAUCUUAUAGUUUCAGUGCUGACCCAAUCUUAGAAGCUUAUUACCUCAAAGCAGCAGAAGCAGAAAAACAGGCGCAGCGUGAAUACUGGAGAAAGCAAUAUCCUGAUGCUGAUAUACCCUGA